UGGAACUCGGUGAAAGUAAGCGCAUGCACGCAGGGAGGGUGGACGUUGUUGUCUCUCUUUGCGCGCUUUGCGAAGCGCAUAUCGGGCUCUCCUCUCUCCAACCGCGCCUGCAGAAUUCAUCCCUCCCUCCCCGUUUCUCUCUCUCUCUCUCUCUCUCUCUCUCUCUCUCUCUCUCACAGAAGGUGCUUUAACUUUACGAAGGCGACCACAUUUCAGUCUCAAGGUAAACGCUUUAUUGGGAAGGGAGACCUUGCAGGAGGAGAGGGAGAUAACGAGACUGUGACGGCGGCGUUUUGCCGAGCGGAGACCUGUUCAGCCCGAAAUGAUUGACUGUUUCUUGAAAUGAGAAAGUCUUAGAAAUCUCUUUUUCCCUGGGCGACACCGUCAGCAUCACAGCCACAAUGUACAGGCGGAAACAAGCGAGUGUUUGCAUCCUCCAAACAAUAUUUGGAUUGUCAAGAACUCAAAGAUCUGAGAGCGCUGAAUGCUGAACGUCAUUAACGCCUUCACUGAUAUCAGCGCACGCCAUUGAGGAGCACAUCCUGUCUUAUUUCACCCAUCAUUUUCCCAUCUCUUUGCAAGAACUAGCAUCACUAAGAAACCCCCCCUGCAUACCUUUUGACCCCUGUUGCUAUGGAGAAUCUCAGUGAGCUCCAGAACCCGUUGUUGGACAAAAACAGUAAGCACAUGGUCAACGGUUAUGGGGGUGACUUCCCUAAUAACCAGUACCAGGAAAACAUUAUUAAUUACUUUGCUGGUGGAGGAGAGGGAGGAGGAGGAAAGGUGAAUAACGGCAACGUAGUGAGCGGAAGUAGUUACAAUACCAACGGGAAGAUGAAAUCUCAGCAGCUUUUGGACGCCACCUCACUGCACCUGGCAGUAGAGGCAUUCUACAGGCCCAACUUCAUCCUGUACAAGGAGGACAGUGGCAGCAUUAAGGCUAAGGAAUAUAAAAGCGAGUGCUGUGAGACCACAUUCACAGAGAAGAAGGCGAAGGAGGCAUCCAACACAGCGGGGGCGGACACGCCUGGCACUGAGGAUCCCCAGGCAAAGCUGCUGGAGGACAGCGAACACAUCAAGAUCCAAACCGUUUCCUAUGAGGUUGAGGAGGAGGAGUAUGUGGAGUAUGAGACGGACUGCUCCAGCGACAGCGAGAGCGAGGACAACUUCAUAGUCGUCCCUCCACGAGACCACCUGGGCCUGGCCAUCUUCUCCAUGCUCUGCUGUUUCUGGCCUCUAGGGAUCGCAGCAUUUUACUUUUCACAGGGGACCACCAAGGCAGUGAACAAAGGUGACUUCCCACUGGCCAACAUCGCCUCUAGACGGGCUUUGUUCCUCGCUGCCCUCUCCAUCACCAUAGGCACCGGUGUGUAUGUGGGGGUGGUGGUAGCUCUCAUCGCCUACCUUUCUAAACCAGGACACAUAUAGCAGCUGCACCUUCCCUCCAACACACCUCCCAGGAGCCCAGGAAAAGAACAACCUCCCCCCGCUCCCUUGGGAACGGCAUUGCUCCUGCACACUUCGAGGACAUGUUUUUUGGUUUCGGGGAUGCACAGUUUUUCCCUCCGCUUUCCUUUCUUUCCAGCUUUCUCUCCCUACAGGCCCUCUGGCAGCCACGAUUAGCCACAGUCACUGGAGAGAGGUCAAGCUGGAGGGUGAGAAGAAGGGGAAUUGGGGAUAGACAAAGUUUUUCUUUUGUUGAGACAGUGAGAGGGUUUGAGUAAUGGAAGUGUUCCAUGUUCGAGUCCAGUUUGCAUUCCAUUGACUUAAACCACUGUUGGCUUCAUCCUCUUUUUCCUGGUGUUAACUUCCAAGACCCCGACAGACACAUCGAGGAGAAGAGACUGAGGCGAUAACGCUGCACACUCAAGCAAUUAUUAAAGAGCAGAGGUAUAGGAGGGUUAGAAAUCAACA